AUGAUUGAAAAGCUCCUGGGAGAAAACCGCUUGAAGAAAACCUGGAUUCUUUUCACUGGAAAAGACGAACUGGAGAAAGAAGACACAACAAUCGAAAAAUUAAUCAAUGAAAUGGAACCACUGAAGAAACUCGUUCAGAAAUAUGAUGAGAGAUACCACGUGUUCAACAACAAGAUAACAGGAGAUGCUACACAAGUUCAAGAGCUGCUUACAAAAAUAUGUAAGCCAACAACACACCCUGACACAAUAGGACGAGCAGCGUUUGACUGUGAAGCUCCUCCAGAUGUUGUUGAGAGAGUCGGCGGGAGAUACGUGAUGGUCAUCAACAGUCCUCAGCUGCUCCAGAGGAACAUCUCAGAUCAUCAGAUCACACAGACAGUGAGAGAGUGUGUGCAUCUGUCUGAUCCAGGACCUCAUGUGAUCGUUCUGCUCCUCAAACAUGAGCCGUGUUCAGUAGAAGAUCAGGAGCGUGUGGAGAAGGUGCUGCUCUCUUUCUCUGAGCAGGUUUAUCAACACACCAUGGUGCUCAGCACACAAGAGCCCACAGAAACCAGUGACAUCCUUCAGAACAUCAUUCAGAAAUGUGCAAACAGACACUUCAGUCUUCAGAGGAGCAGCUCUCCUGAUGAUCUUCUGCAGAUGUUUGAGGACAUUGUGAAGAUGAACGAUGGGCGACACCUGGAUUGUGCUGAAGUUUCAGAGUGUGUGAAGCUGAAUCUGGUUGUGUGCGGGAGUGAUGGGACAUUGAAAUCCUCACUAUCAGAUCUGAUCCUGCAGCAGACAGACAGAAGAUCAGACGUGGAGCUUUGUGUAAUAGAGCUUCCAGCUCUGAUCCGUCUCUCAGAGGAGGAAGUGAUGCGUCAGACUCUCCACUGUGUGUCUCGCUGUGAUCCUGGAGUUCAUGUGUUCAUCCUCAUCAUUCCUGAUGCUCCACUGACUGAUGAAGACAAAGCAGAAACAGAGAAGAUCCAGAGGAUCUUCAGCUCAAGAAUCAACAAACACAUCAUGAUCCUCAUAAAGCAGGAUUCAGAGCAUCAGACAGCAGAACUAAAUGAAGAAACACAGUCUGUCAUUGAGAGAUUUGGAGGACAACAUCAUUUCAUCGACCUGAACACACAUGUGUCUGUGUUGAUGGAGAGCAUUGAGCAGAUGCUGGAGGAAAACAGAGGAGAGUUUUUCUCCACAGAGACAUUUCUGGAUGCGCAGAUGCUGAAAUUUGAAGAGAUGAAGAAGAAAAUUCAGUCACUAGAGACACAUGUACUGUCACAAGGUUCAACAGAGAGAGAAGAUGAUCUGAGGAUUGUGCUGCUGGGAAAAACUGGAGUUGGGAAAAGUGCAACUGGAAACACCAUCUUAGGAAGAAAAGCAUUUACAGCAGAAACAUCUCAAGAGUCUGUUACUAAAGAAUGUCAGAGAGAAACAUCUGAAAUCAACGGCAGAAACAUUACUGUGAUCGACACUCCAGGACUGUUUAAUACUGAACUCAGUACUGAAGAAAUACAGAGAGAAAUCAGCAACAGCAUCUCCAUGAUCCUGCCUGGACCACAUGUGUUCAUCAUCGUGCUCAAUUUAGGACAACAAUUCACUAAAGAAGAGGAAACAACAAUAAAGAUCAUCCAAGAGGUGUUUGGAGAGAAAUCUUUGAUGUACAUCAUGGUGCUCUUCACCAGAGGAGAUGAUCUGGAGAAAAAAAACAUUGAACAGUUUCUGAGAGAACCUAGAUCUGCUCUGAAUCAGCUGAUUGAAGCGUGUGGAAACAGAUAUCACAUGUUCAAUAAUAAAGAGACUGGAGACCGAACACAGGUGACUGAUCUACUGCAGAAGAUAGACAACAUGCUGAAAGAGAACGGAGAGAGUUACUACUCAUGUACGAUGUUCAGAGAGAUGGAGAGAGAAAUACAAGAACAACAGAAGAACAUACUGAUGGAGAGAGUCAGAGAAAGAGAAGAAGAGAUGAAGAAACUAGAAGAAGAGAAAGAGAGGAUGAAGAUGAAGAUUGAGGAACAUCAUGACAAAGAGAGAAAGAGAAUAGAGGAACUCAAAAAAGAAAUAAGAGAACAAGAGAGGCAUCAGAGAGAGAUACGAGACGAGAUGAGACGAGAACGAGAGACACUUAGAGAUGAAAUAGAGGAAAUGAGAAAAGAAAAAGAGAAAGUUAAGACCAAAUAUGAAACAGAAAUAGACAGACUGAUGGACAGAAUAGAGAAUGACAGGAAGAAAAGAGAAGAAGAA